CGUUGCGUAAUUAAUCAAAGAAUCUAUCCUUCUUCGUGAAAUGGGCUGUUCUCUCUCAUUCAUUACGUGAAAUAUUCACUCAUUUCAUUCAAUUGCAUGUGGAUUCAUCGUCCUCUAAAGUUAUAAAAUACAAAAAUAGCAGCUGCAGCUGGAUCUGUGCACAAUCUCCUUCUUCUACUCUACUCAACUCUGCCACUCCCACCGUUCCUUUUAAUAUUCAGUGAUGAACUGAGGAUCAAAUUCGAUUUGGUUGUUUCAAGCUAUUCAUAGUUGCCCCCUGAUUUCUGGGUUUUGGGUUUUGGGUUUUGGGUUUUUUCACUCCUCCGCUCUUUGCUCCGUCGACGAGUUUGAGAAUGUCAAAGCCUUUGCACCGAGGAGCUUCUGGGGCAAGGAUUUGUGAGGGCGGCCAUGACUUGGAUAGAGCUGAAAACGGAGAUUUGGAUGACAGAGAUUUUUCAAAUCAUAGUGACAUUUUGUGUAGGUUUCCAUUUGGAUUAUCUUCACCCAAAACAACUCCUUCUAAAUAUGGUUGUCACGAGAAUAGCUUCUUGUCUGAUUCAUUCAUAGCGGGAACUCUAAGAAGUCGGCACAAGUUGGCCAAACAAAUUUKGAACUUUAGCAUACCGAUGAUUGUACUCGUAAUUAUCUUUGGAUUAUUUUGGUGGUCUGUAUCCAUUUCAAUCAAAUCCAGACUUCACACUGUUCGUAGUUAUGAUAAAAUACAAGAACAGGUUGUUUUGUACCUUUCUGAMAUUGGGGAGCUUGCUCUUGGUCCUUCAAGGUUGAAAGAAUUGGAAUUCUGUWCUCAAGAUAUUGAAAAUCACGUUCCCUGUUUUCRUGUUUCGGAUAACCCUGGCUCGGGGUAUUCYGAUCGUUAUUGUGCGCGGGAACCAAAGCAAAAUUGCAUUGUGCUACCUCCUGUGAAGUACAGGAUUCCUCUUAGAUGGCCCAGCGGAAGAGAUGUAAUCUGGUUUGCAAACGUAAGGAUUACAGCUGAGGAAGUCCUCUCUUCAGGAAGCUUGACCAAGAGAAUGAUGAUGCUGGAGGAAGAUCAGAUUUCCUUCCGUUCCGACUCUUCCAUGUUUGAAGGCAUAGAAGAUUACUCCCACCAAAUUGCAGGGAUGAUUGGGCUAAGAAAUGUAUCUAAUUUCAUACAAGCAGGAAUAAGAACUAUUCUCGAUAUUGGAUGUGGUUAUGGUAGCUUUGGAGCUCAUCUCUUUUCGAAACAGCUUUUAACCAUGUGCAUGGCAAAUUAUGAAACAUCAGGCAGUCAAGUUCAACUAACACUCGAACGAGGUCUUCCAGCAAUGUUAGGUUCUUUUGCUUCAAAACAGUUGCCAUAUCCGUCUCUCUCCUUUGAUAUGGUUCAUUGUGCGCAAUGCGGUAUUGAUUGGGACCUACAAGAUGGUAUCUAUUUAAUCGAAGUCGAUAGAGUUUUAAGGCCGGGGGGAUAUUUUGUUUGGACAUCACCACUUACCAAUGCUGAGAGCUUCCUCCACAACAAAACCAAUCAGAAAAGGUGGAACACUAUUCGUGAUUUUACCGAGGGUCUUUGCUGGGAAAUGUUGUCACAACUAGAGAAAACCGUGGUAUGGAAAAAAACUAGUGAAUCAAGCUGUUAUCGUUYGAGGAAAUCUGGUUCAGGUCCAUCCCUAUGUGGUAAAGGGCAUUAUGUUGAAUCUCCAUAUUAUCGACCUCUCGAAGACUGCAUCGGUGGAACAAAAAGCUCUAGGUGGAUUCCUGUUGAAGAGAGGACAUGGCCUUCUAGAGCUAACUUAAACAAGAGUGAACUUGCAGUAUAUGGUGUACAAUGGGAAGAAUUUGCUGAAGAUUCCAUCAAAUGGAAAAUGGCUGUCAAUGAUUAUUGGCCUCUUAUGUCGCCACUGAUAUUCUCAGAUCACCCGAAGCGACCCGGGGAUGAUGACCCUCUGCCCCCAUAUAACAUGCUGCGUAACGUGCUAGACAUGAAUGCACGGUUUGGAGGUUUUAAUUCUGCCCUGUUGGAAUCUGGCAAGGAUGUAUGGGUCAUGAACACAGUUCCAACUACUGGAUCUAAUCACCUUCCGUUGAUUGUCGAUAGAGGCUUUAUCGGUGUAUUACAUGAUUGGUGUGAAGCAUUCCCUUCAUAUCCUAGAACAUAUGAUAUGGUGCAUGCAGAGGGUAUAUUGUCCCUUGAAGCCCUUCGACAUCGGUGCACCAUGCUAGAUAUGUUAACUGAGAUCGACCGGUUACUUCGUCCCGAGGGUUGGGUGAUAAUACAUGACACGACAAAUCUCAUUGAAUCGGCUAGAACGCUAACGACACAGCUGAAGUGGGAUGCCCGAGUUAUCGAGAUCGAGAGCGACAAUGACAAAAGCCUGCUGGUCUGCCAGAAACCAUUCUUAAAGAAUAUAGCAACUUCCUAGCCUGAGAAAUGUAUUAUUGUAUCAAUUUUCAGAGUGUUGAAAGAACCAUUUGAACCGAACACCUUCACAACAAGAGGGCAUCCAAAAUUUUGAAAAGAAGGAAAAAACCUGAGGAAUCAUACGGAGGAUCUAACUACAAGGUUUAUAUUUAUAGAGUCAUGUAAAGACAAUAGCAAAUUGUAGAAAAUAUAUUGAAAAAAGAAGUUAAAUUUACCAAAUAUAGUGGUAAUUACAUCAUA